GGUCCGUCUCUCCGAGCAGCGGAGGCAGACAUGAGGCAGUGGUGAGAGCCCGGCGGAGAUCUGCGGAGCUGAAAUGAAGCGCACACACGCAGCGGCUCACACCGUGCAGUUCCGUGCGGCUCAGGAAGAGGCUCCGCGCCGCUAAAGCUGAAGGCUGCUCCGGCUAAGUGAAGGGCUCCGUCCAUGCGGAGGCUAGCGCUCAUUCUGCUGCCCUGUGCUGUCGCCGUCCUGGUGCACUUGUGGUUGGCACAACGACCCUCCUCCACCCCGCUGGACAACAACACACACUCCGAUGAAGCGUUACCUUUCUAUGAAGUUUUGGUGGGAGUGCUGUCAGCGAGACACCAUUAUGAACUGCGACAAGCGAUAAGAGAGACCUGGCUGGGCUACCUCCAAGAUCACCCCCACUUCCAGCAUAGAGUGGGGGUGAAGUUUAUUGUGGGCGAACAUGGGUGUCCCAUUCCAGAGGAGGACAGAGAGGAUCCGUACUCCUGCUCCCUCUUGAACUUCACUGAGCCAGUGGCGGGCCAGGAUGCAGAGAUAGAGAUCGUGACGGUGUCUGACCCCUCGGCGCUCACCCCCUCCGACGUGUCGGCCAUCGCACUGGAUUUCAAGGUCCUCCACCCGGUGGUGAUCACCAGGCUGGGGGUGUUUACCAGCGGGACCCGGCCCGAGCUUCAGAGCAAUGUGACAGUGAAGCUACUCCAGCUGGACCAGGAGGAGGCUGUGGUCACUGCUCGCUUCAGUGCCAUCAGCACAGGGACCAUGGUGAACGGGGUGUGGUACAAACCAGUGGAGCAGUUCAUCUUGCCUAAGGGUUUUGAGGGGAUGCUGGUUUGGGAGAAUUUGGAGUCUGCUGGAUUGACCACAGUCAACUCCUCCUCUGUGCAGCUCAAUGAUGGAGGAGGUGUCCUCAAGAUCUCCUCUAUCGCAGAGGGCAUAUUGCCUCAUAGAAGUGCGCUUGGAUUUCCCGGUUUGGCUGGAGGGUUCACAUUUACUAUCUAUGACAGAGACGGCCUGUCGGGGCUACUGCGGGGCCGCCCAGCCAGGAUGGAGCACCAUGCCUCCAGGCUGAGGCAGGAGGACGCCGCCUUGCAGCAGGAGAGCCUCAGGCACGGCGACAUGGUGUUCGUAGACGUGGUAGACACCUACAGGAACGUGCCUUCCAAACUGCUUCAGUUCUAUAAAUGGUCUGUGGGAAAUGCUGACUUUAAUCUGCUGCUGAAAACUGAUGAUGACUGUUACAUCAAUGUGGACUCAGUAUUAAUGAAGAUUGACCACAAGGGUCUCAAGCGCAGCAAUCUCUGGUGGGGGAAUUUCAGGCAGAGCUGGGCAGUGGACCGCAUUGGGAAGUGGCAGGAGCUGGAGUACGCUAGUCCAGCCUACCCGGCGUUUGCCUGCGGCUCAGGCUAUGUGGUCUCUCGUGACCUGGUCCAGUGGCUCGCCAGUAAUGCAGAUAAACUGAAGGCCUACCAGGGAGAAGAUGUGAGCAUGGGGAUAUGGAUGGCAGCUGUUGGACCACAGAAAUAUCAGGUAAAAAAAUUGCUUCAUGACGUCCAGAUCUGCCGACUCGUCAACUCAUGAUCACAAAUGAUUUGGUUUGGUUUAUUGACAACAUUGUAAUAUAUUACUAAAAUAUAUCAGACUUUGUUAGGGACAGAACGAUUAAGUCCUACACUUUCCAUCAUUGUCCCUGGUGUUUUCACAGUCCACCAACAUUUAUCAAGAUCGGACAGGCAUUCAGUCUCUGACAUUAAGAAAUAUUAGAAAAUAGUGUAGAAAAUUUUGAAUGAAUCAUGUAUACAAUCAGAUUUUUUUUUCUUCAAGGAAGCAGACAAGGUACGACAAAACAUAACAGCCAUCUCAAACAUUACUGUAGAAACAAAUGCAGCAGGAAUGUAAGAAAGAACCAAUCACGGAUGGGAUUGUUUUCCGAUUAAUGUGGAAUUUCCGACCUGCGCAAAGUACAUAAAAAAGCACAGCUGAGAAGAUGAGGCUUCAGCUAGGCACAACCAUAUUUUGACAUACUGUAAUUCUAAUAGUUUUGGUAAAAUAUCCAGACAUAUAUAGUAGUUGCGCUUGCAGAUUUGCAUAUCAUAGAAGACUGGACUAUUGACGUUGGCGGAGGCCUGCGUUCUCUGAGUGCUCUUCUAGUUAACAAUGUUUCCGUCUUCAGAGCUUCAUUAGGUAAAAUUGAAGAAUACACUAAUACACCCUAAAAAUAAAAAAAUACAAUAUCAAAUAAAAAUGUGACUUGAAAUGAUAAAUGACUUACUCCUCUCACUGUACAUUUUGAUUUCUGUGAAAAACAUGGUGGCAAGCAGGACUGAACCUCUUAGUAAUUUCACUUUGUGAAUUGAUAAUCAAUUCUUUUUGUGUGCUCUUUAUGCUUUGUACAAAAUGGUAUUCUAUGGUUUGCUUUACAACUGUGAGAUGUAUAUUUUUUACUUUAAUAUACAUAACAGUUGCGCAUUCCUUAUUGUACAGUAGCCUUUUAGCACAGCCUUACCUCCCUUACAGCUUUUCACUGCACAAAUUGUAUGAGCAUGUGAUGAAUAAAACCUCUAAAAUCU